GUUUGCAAUAGACGAGUCUAAAACAUAUCGUGAUUACGUCCUACCUCUACCUAUCAAAGUUGCCACUGUAUAUACAGUAUUUAAUCAUUUAUAGCGACUCGCAGCCAGGCAUCGUUUUCUCUCGAUCUGAGCACUGUGUUGACCAGAGCCGUUUGGAAAUAGUCCGGUUUCCGCCAAGGCGACCGUCCAAUUGCGGGGUUGUUUCAUGUGGUUACGAGAACGCGCGGGAGUGGUGGCUUAAUAUUUCAACCAUACAUCAUCGCCGAGAUUGCCGGCGUUUUGCAAAGACUUAGCCCAACCUGCAGUGCGGUUUUCUGAAGUUUGUUGUGAUUACGCCUUAGAAGUGAAGCUACCCACAGUGAUUCCAGAUGCAUAUCAAAGCAGAAGAUCGACGUUACUCCCCCCUCGCCCAUCAUCAGCCGAGUAAAAUGUCGGACUUAACACGAAAGUACCCGUUUCGGGGGGAACGGACACUCAUUGAAGCCCUUUCUGAAUAUCCGGGCGAACUUGUAAGGACUGAAAGCCCAAAUUUUGUGUGUUCAGUUUUGCCAUCUCACUGGCGGUGCAAUAAGACUUUACCUAUAGCUUUCAAAGUUGUAUCUCUUGGAGAAGUAAACGAUGGUACCAUCGUCACCAUAGCAGCGGGAAACGAUGAGAAUUACUGUGCAGAGUUACGGAACUCAACAGCGGUGAUGAAGAACCAAGUAGCCAGAUUUAACGAUCUUAGAUUUGUUGGCAGAUCAGGCAGAGGCAAAAGUUUCACAUUGACGAUAACAGUGAGCACCAACCCACCACAAAUAGCAACUUACAACCGUGCAAUCAAAGUGACCGUUGAUGGACCGCGAGAACCCAGAAGGCACAAGAACAAAGCUGAUGAAGUAGGAGUACACACUGUCAGCUCUGGGGAACAUGUAUUGCAGUUAUCUGAGAGGCUGAGUGAGCUGGAACAUCUAAGGUGUACAAGUCAGAGUUUGGAAAACACAAGUUGCGGUCGAGAUGUCUCGCAUAGUGGCUACUUGUCGCAUCAUGCUACCUAUCUUACAGGACCCAUGGCAAGUAGAUCAUUAUCUGGAUGGCCUUAUGAAUACCCAAGAUACUUUGCACCAGCUAUGCAGCAUAGUGUUCCACAGCCGACAGCAGGACCCCCUCCACCACCACCACCGCCACCCCCACCACCUCCGCAGCCUACAGAAACAACUGUAACCAUAGCAAUGGAAAGACCAACUGUUAGUAGCAAUGAAGUUUCCAUGUUAACGCCGUUAUAUCCACGAUCCAGUGAUCCCAGAUUCACCGAUUCGGGAGCGACACACAUCACUUUGGAUGCACGAAUAACAAGCCCAAUGAUGUCGACACCGAGAAUUACAGAUACUCGAUUUGUUUAUCCUUCAAGUCCACACACUUUUACUUUCCCCACAUCGGCAACAAUACCAAUAUUGUCACCUGGCAUUGAUACAAGUCGAUAUUUGCCACUGCCAUCACCUCACGAUGUCUAUCCAACAUCACCGUCUACGCCUGUAACAUUACCUGCUUCCCCUUAUAUAUCAGGAUCCCCACCCUACCAACUAUAUGCCCAUUUAUACAGCACGCCCGCGCCGGCAUCCCAUCCGCCAUAUUAUGAAGGUACUCCACAUUUAUCUAUGUUGCCAACCACAACAGUAUCAUCACGUAUAUCUACAAUGAUUGGACGCUCAUCGCAGGGUAGCAACAGUAGCCAUAGUAAUGGUAACCAAUCAACACAGUCAAGUCGAUCAAAUGGACGCCAUGUGGCUGCUCCUAGUGGAAACCCGCCUUUGUAUCCUGGCGAUGACGAGGACAGAAAAGAUGUGUGGAGACCCUACUAAAGCAUAAGAAAUUGGACAAUAGCUGGGGAACAGAUGUGUUUUUCCCGCUGACUCCUAUCCAUGCACUUUAAGCGGAGACACAUGUUUAACAAACCAGUCAUUCAGACACAGGGUCUAAUGAAACAGUGCCAUUUUACAUCAUAUCAAAAAUUGAAAAACUUUCUGUGAAACAUACUUUCUUCUCAUACUGUAUGACGUUGUUUUGAGACAAACACUAAGAUAGGUAGUACUGCAGUAAAUAAUACCAACCUUGCUAGGUAGUCUUAGUAACCGCCCAUGUACUUGACAAAGCUUGUCCAAGGGAUUGUUAGUUAUUAAUUUAUAAUUUGUCAAGCAUCGAAUUCAGUUCUUUUAAUCUAAAAUGUGUGCUCAAAUGGUGAAAAAAAGCUUUUAAUGAUGGCAAGACAUUGCCAGAGCACUUCAGCAAAGACAGCACAAUGAGUUAAUGUAAUGUGUAUUUGUAUUGGGAUUUGUGCAAGUUAGGUAGAUGUGAAUAAUUAUUUGUUCAUUCAUACAGUGUGAUGGACGUGUGACUUAAUAUUUAUACACUUUUAUUUUCACCUAGUGUAGUAUAAUUUUCUACAUUCCACCAUUCUAAUUUCAGUUACAAUUUAUUUGUAUUUCUGAAAGUCUGAGUACAGAAGAUAUUCAUUCAACAAACAUUGCUUGGUAAAGAAUGAUACAUCAACAAAUGGGUCUCUAAUGUUAAUUUGAGAGCAAAUGGUGUUCACUUCUGAACACAUCUCAGUAAAUGGUGUUCACUUCUGAACACAUCUCAAUAAAUGGUGUUCAAUUCUGAACACAUCUCAGUAAAUGGUGUUCAAUUCUGAACACAUUUCAGUAAAUGGUGUUUAAUUCUGAACACAUCUCAGUAAAUAAUGUUCAAUUCUGAACACAUCUCAGUAAAUGGUGUUCACUUCUGAACACAUCUCAGUAAAUGGUGUUCUAUUUCAAACCAUGUGACCAUAAUAAUGUUCAAUUCUUAAUACGUCUCAGCAAAUGUCAAUGAUGUUCUAAACACCUGUACCAAUCUUUUGUUUUUAUCUGAUAAUAAUCUAUUCAACUUAAUGUUGUCCAUAUUUGAUUUUCUAAUAUUUUUUCUGUAAAAUGUGUAAUUUUGUUAUUCACUUUCAUGACAGAUUAGGUUGUUACCGUAUUCCUUUUGUACAUUUCAAUCAUAGUCACAUAGUAUAGAAAAGUGAUAUUUUUAAUCAAAUUUUGAAAUGUGUUAAUAUUGUUUUUUUUUUUGAAAUUCCACCUUAAUCUAUUUGUGACAUUGGCAAAGAAUACAACAUUGUUCUAUGUUUAAUUUAUUUUUGAAGUGCAAAAUGAACCAAAAGUUCCUCAAGUUGCCAAAUGAAUCUCCCCUCUUGAGUAAUAAACAAUAACGAAAAUAAAAAAAAAAACAUUUAAAAAACUAUUUUCUGUAAUUAUUUUUAUAACUUUCUUACUUCAAAAACUGAUCUUCAUUUUUGUAUGCAGAUGUCUUUUUGGUGAUAAAAACACCAUUUUCAAUAUUAAUCUAAGAGUGUUUUUGACAGAAAAGAAUUAUUUUUGAACAUGUUGUUACCAUGGUUAUUAAAAGCUCAAAGCUUAGUAGGAUUUAUAAUAUAUGGAUAUGCUGAAAGCAUAGGUUGUAUCAUGUGUGUACAAGAUAAGUGAAUAACUUAAUGUUAGGUAUACUGAAUGUUAUCUUUGUUCAAGCAAGUUGUUUAUUAAUGUAAUUUAUGCGGCAAUAUUUUUUUGGCACAGACCAAUGCAAGUACAGUAUUUUGUCUUUCCAGUGUAGCAAUUUUGUUUAUCGUGUUAUAUAUUUAUAUUUCAAACCUACCAGACCUGACCUACCCUCUUUGUUAAUAGGACAAUCCAUUGUUGUAAUUUUCAUGAACACUUGAUGGUAGGCCUUACCUACCCCCUCUGUUAGGAAUGGAAUGAACCAUCACAUGUAGAGGUGGUUUUGUUUUGUUUUUUAUCUUUUGCAAAAAAUAUUGUUGCUCUGUAUUAUGCAAUAAAAAUUUUGUAAGCUUA